GGCUUUUCUUGUUGAUUUUUAAUAUCAAUUGAAUAAACAAAAGAGUAGAUUGCAUCAUGUUUAUGAAACAAAUAAAUGAAAUCAAAGUAAUUUUAGCACCUUUUAAUGCUGCUUCGAAAUCUUCAAGAUUAUUCUUAAAUCAGAUCAACACAAAUAGUGCACGUAAACUUAAUCCAACAAUUAAAAUUAAUACUACAGUAUUGCCUAAUUCUAAUGCUUCAUCAAAAAUUGAAGUUACUUAUCGUGAUGGUCAGAAAAUUACUUUAGAUUCAGAUAAAAUGAAGAUUGAUAACAUUCUGCAAGCUGUGAAUAAGCAUGCAAAGAAAUUAGAAGAGAUUGAACAAGCCAAUUCUUGGUAACAAGGAAAAAAAAAAAAAAGAGAGAGAGAGA